AUGAACGCAACGGACGUCCGCUUUAAAAGAUGGACCCCCGCGGUGCCACAAAAAGCACCGGACAACAUCGUGUCGUCGAGCUACACGACGACGAGAGCAUUCGUGCCGUCGUAUGAAAAGUAUGAAUAUUUGUAUGCACUUAAUAGAGAAAUGCAGCCUCGUAUCGAACAAUUACUCUCGAACGAAUAUCAGCGUAUUUGGUGGAAGGAGAAACAGGCCUGGGACAAGACCAUAACUGCCCGAAAAAUUCUAACUAAAAAAAUACUACCUCGUAUGAUGGUUAAAAAAAAAGUACCUACAUGCGUGACCGUCAAAUAUCCAAGAGCGGGACGAUCGAGAGGAAGAAGGAACGAAGAUUUUAAAAAGAAGUCUGAUUUGAAAAAUGACGAAGAAAUCAGCUCUGCAAAACGAAACGACAAUACAAAAUUAGAAGAACAUGAAAAAAAUGUAUUAGAAGAAUGUGAGGAAAUGAAAUCUGAGAAAUUCGAGGAAACGGAAUUACAUAGAGAACAUGAAGAAGCAAAAUCGAAAAAAUCCGAGGACACUAAAUCAGAGAAAUUCGAAGGAACUAAAUCUGAAAAAUUCGAGGAAACUAAAUCAGAGAAAAUCGAGGAAACUAAAUCAGAGAAAUCAGAGAAAUCCGAAGAAACGAGAUUAGAAAAAUAUGAAGGAGUAGAAGAAGACAAACACGAGGAAACUAAAUCGGAGAAAUCCGACGGAACGAGAUUAGAAAAACAUGAAGAGAGAGAAGGAGAGUUAUACGAGAAGGCGAAAUCAGAAAAAUAUGAAGAAACAAAAUUAGAAAAAUUCGAAGAAACAAAACCAGAAGAACACGAGGAAACACAGCAAGAAAAUAACAAAGAUAUAAAAAAAGAAAAAUAA